GACUCGGCUCCGGAUUUGUUUGCGCCGUGUCUUGUUUAUUGACUGUCUUCUCUCUCACCGCGAUUUCUUUAUAGAGCCCAGGAGGCUAUAUUUCACGCGCAGUCAGCAUUGGCCGACCGAAGAGACGCUCUCAACCACUCCUAAACCGAUUCCCUACCCAAUCUGCCCGCCAUGGUGUCCGCAUCGGAAAAAUACUACAUCAAAGAUGCAAUCUCGAAACCAGCCGUCCACCACGAGUCAUUCCAGAAAUUAUGGGAGACCAAAUGGAAGGGCCCUUGCGCAAUGGGCGUCUAUCCCUUCAUGUUCGGCAGUAUCAAGGACUUUGAGCCAAUUGCGGAAGAAAUUAUCAAGAAAGGCUUGAAGGAGCCAUACGACUGGGAUGAGUACGCGCAGAUAUACUUCCCCAAGGCCGAAGAGCUCAGCAAGAUUGCGGAAGAGGCGGAGAAGGCGGGUGAGAUAGAGAAAGCCUCAGAGUAUUACCUGCGGAGCUCCGCCGUCUACCGUGUCUCGCGAUUCCCUACACCACGGUCAGAGAAACAGAAAUAUGCCUGGACCAUCGGGAAAGAGAUGUUUUACAAGGGUGCAGCUCUGCUGCCGCAUCCUAUCAAAGAAGUUCGGAUUCCUCACAAGCAUGCCAUCCAAGGGGAGGGCGAUGUCGUUCCUGUCAACUUUCUCGUUCCUCCGACUGCCUCCCCAGAGUCUCCCGCUCCGUGUGUCCUCAUCAUCACCGGACUUGACGGCUACCGAACUGAACUAGCAGUGUGGCAGCAGGGCUUCCUGGAAAAGGGGGUGGCUACGAUUAUUGCUGAGAUCCCAGGCACUGGCGACUCUCCGGCCCUUCGUCAGGAUCCCACCAGUCCUGAUCGUCAAUGGUCCAGCGUUCUGGACUGGAUCGACACCCAAAAGGAAAUCGACAACAAGAAGGUCAUUGUCUGGGGCUUCUCGACUGGUGGCUACUAUUCGCUUAGACUAGCUCACACCCACAAAGACCGAGUCUUCGCCAGCAUCAGCUUAGGCGGCGGAUGUCAUCACAUGUUUGACCGGGAGUGGCUUGAAAAUGUGAACAAACUCGAAUAUCCUUUCGAUCUCGCCAGCACCUUGACUUACAAAUUCGGCUACCCCGACCUGGAAUCAUUCAUCCAAGACGCUGGCAAGUUCUCGCUAUUGAACGACGGCACCCUGGAGAAACCCUGUACCAAGGUAUUGUUGGUCAACGGAAACGACGACGAAAUCUUUCCGAUUGACGACCUGUUUGUGGCUCUGGAACACGGCGGACCAAAGUUGGCGAGAAUGGUCAAGGGCAAGAAACACAUGGGAGAACCGGACAGUUUCUUCAUCAUCUUGCGGUGGAUCCACGGAGUGCUUGGACUGGAUGGCAACAUAAUGGACCAAAUGAAGCAGUUGCCCUCGCGCACGAAGUAUUGAGUACUUUUGCGAGAAAGCGCAUGGGUUCAUGGGGCGAUCAAUCCGUCUUCUUGUAUUUGCUCUUCAGCGUGAAUUGUAUAGCAGCUCAUGGUGGUACAGUUUAGAUGGAUAUAGGGAGCGCACGCGCAGGAUAGCACCAUGCGGACAGGAUUUGCAGAAGUACGGAGUCCAGCGAAAAGCCAUGUGUAGAAUCCUAGAAUUGCAGCACUGUUGUCGAUAACGCACCCUUCCGUGGCUAUCCAGCAUUGCAAAUUACCUCGACAAUCUACGGGCUACGUUGUAUAUACC